ACAACCACGCGGUUUCUCUCUCUGUGACCAGACCAUCCCACUCUCUGCCUCAUACCCUACUCUUCUUGGUCUUUAUUCAUUAUUUUACUUUCAAUUUGACGCCUGAGGUCUUUGCCGUGCCACACCCAAGUAGAUUUGUCGGCCACUGAUCUUCCAAACCCAGAAUUUCAGUUGAUGGGUGUUGAUUUCAAUUCCAUUUCCUCUUCAACCCUCAAUCGUAUGGGUGUUUGUGAAUCAUCUCACAGCUCUGUCCAAUGAGAAUUCUACCAUUUUCUUGGCUCUUCUUGAUACCCUUUUUCACAUUCUUGGUUACAGGCUUGGUCUCCGGCCAAUGUCUCACCGAUCAACGAUCUUUGUUGCUACAAUUGAAGAAAACCCUCAAUUUCACCUCGGUAAGUAAGUUACGAUUGGUGAAUUGGACUCAAAGCAACGAUUGUUGUGGUUGGAAAGGUGUGACUUGUGAUCAAAGUGGUCAUGUUACAGGUCUCGAUCUGAACAGCGAGUCAAUCAAUGGUGGAGUCAACAAGAACAGCAAUCUUUUCAGUCUCAAGUUUCUUGAGAGGUUGAAUUUGGCUUACAACAGCUUAAACUCCACACCAUUUCCAUCCAGUAUCGGCAACCUCACCAAUUUGGUAUAUCUGAAUCUGUCCAACGCUGGUUUUUCUGGGCAGAUUCCAAUUGAAUUGUCGCACUUGACAAGGUUGGCUACACUCGAUCUAUCUAUUUUUUCUUUAUCUGGAAUUCUGUCCCUGCAAAUUCAGAACCCAAAUUUAUCAACCCUUCUUCAGAAUCUUACUGGACUUACAGAGCUUCGUCUUGAUGGCGUAAAUAUAUCGGCCCCAGGGAUAGAGUGGUGUCAGACUAUAUCAUAUUCACUGCCUAAUCUGCGAGUUUUGAGCUUGUCCAAUUGUGAUCUUUCUGGCCCUAUUGAUUCUUCUCUUCUAAAGCUUCGGUUUUUGUCUGAGAUCCAUCUGGGUUCGAACAAUCUCUCUGUUUCAGUUCCGGAGUUCUUUGCAAAUUUCACAAAUUUGACAGUCUUGAGUCUUAGUUCUUCUAACUUGGAAGGACCAUUUCCAGAAAAGAUUUUCCAGGUACCAACAUUGCAGACUCUGGACUUGGGAAACAACAGGUUUCUUAAUGGUUCUUUGCCAGAGUUUCUACAAAAUGGAUCCCUUCAGAGGCUUGUGCUUAGCAACACGAAUUUUUCAGGUAGAUUACCAGAUUCUAUUGGCAACCUAAGAAAUCUGUCCAGGGUAGAGCUUUCAGUCUGCAAUUUCAGUGGACGCAUUCCAAAUUCAAUGGCAAACCUCAGUCAUCUUGUUUAUUUGGAUUUCUCAUCUAAUAACUUUACUGGUCCAAUCCCAUCGUUUCAGAUGUCCAAGAAUCUCACCUACAUAGAUUUCUCUCAUAAUGCUCUAACAGGUCCAGUUCCUUCUAGUUACUUUGAAGGAUUUUCAAAUCUUGUAAAUGUCGAUUUAGCGUAUAAUUCAUUCAAUGGGAGUAUUCCCUUGUCUCUGUUUUACCUUCCAUCUCUGCAGAAAAUUCUGCUUUCCAACAACCAAUUUGGUGGUCAAGUUGCUGGACUUAAAAAUCGAUCAUUGUCUCCAUUAGAUACACUAGAUUUGAGUAGUAACAAACUAGAAGGGCCUAUUCCCUCAUACUUCUUUGAUUUCGGAAGGCUUGAUAUCCUCUCACUUUCUUUCAACCACUUCAGUGGCACCUUACAGCUAGAAAGGGUCCGAAGCCUGCAAAAUCUUACAAAACUUGAUCUUUCAUACAACAACUUGUCAAUCAAUGCAAGUGGCAGUAAUUCUAGCUUGUCUUCCUUUCCCCAUCUCAGCACGUUAAGAUUGGCUUCUUGCAAGUUGCAAAAAUUUCCUCCACCAAUGAACCUGUCAAGAACUAUCUAUUUAGAUCUUUCAGACAACCAAAUUUCUGGGGAAAUACCUGAUUGGAUUUGGAACAUUACCAGUGGAAAUUUAAUGUAUCUGAAUCUUUCUUGUAAUCUCCUAGUGGGAAUGCUGAGACAAUAUAGUUUUACUAGUCUUAAUGUCAUUGACCUACACUCCAAUCAGCUCCAUGGUGAAAUCCCAAUACCAUCACAAUCAGUUAUCUAUGUGGACUACUCAAGCAAUAAUUUCUACUCUUCUAUCCCGGCUGAAAUUGGAAACAACCUGACCUUUGCUAUCUUCUUCUCUCUUUCAAAUAAUAACCUCACUGGUGUCAUCCCUCUAUCAAUAUGCAACUCAAUCAACCUUCAAGUUCUUGAUUUGUCCAGCAAUAGAUUAAGCGGCACUAUACCAAAAUGUUUGAUUGAAAGUCGUUCUGCGACUCUUGGGGUACUCAAUUUGCGUAAUAACAAUCUUACUGGUAAUAUUUUGGGCACUUUUCCAGAAAGUUGUGCUUUAGAGACAUUGGACUUCAAUCGGAAUCUCUUGGAAGGACAUGUUCCACAAUCUCUGACCAAUUGUGCGAAGUUGCAGGUUUUAAACCUGGGUAACAACAACAUAAAUGAUAACUUCACUUGCUUCUUGAAGAACUCAUCCCAUUUGCGUGUCCUGAAUUUGCGAUCCAACAGGUUCCAAGGAGGCAUUGAUUGCGAAGGGGAGCAGAAAAAUAGCUGGCCAAAGCUUCAAAUCAUUGACCUGGCUUUGAACAAUUUCAGUGGUUUUCUACCUCAGGAUUGCUUCUUACAUUGGAAGGCAAUGAUGGUUGAUGGGGGUAAUGCACAAUCAAAACUCAAUCACUUGCAUUUUAAGUUCCUGCGGAUUAAUCCAUUCUACUAUCAGGAUACAGUGACAGUUACCAUCAAAGGGCAACAGUUGGAGCUAGUGAAGAUCUUAACUGUAUUUACCUCCAUUGAUUUCUCAAACAAUAUUUUCCAUGGAGAGAUACCAUAUACAGUUGGGGCUCUAAAAUACCUCUAUGUUCUCAACCUAUCACACAAUUUCCUUACAGGUGAUAUUCCACGAUCACUCGGAAACUUGACACAGCUUGAAUCAUUAGACCUCUCAAUGAACAAGCUAAGUGGAAGCAUCCCGCAGCAGCUUGCAAGUCUUACAUUUCUUUCAUUCCUGAACCUAUCAUUUAAUCAACUGGUUGGAAGGAUCCCAACAGGCACUCAAAUUCAAUCAUUUUCAGAAACUUCCUUCGAAGGAAAUGAAGGAUUAUGUGGGGCUCCCUUGAACACUUGCGUUGCACUGAUACCCUCAACAACACCGACCUCCAAUGAAUCGGGUUCAAGUUUGAUGACAGAGUUUGAUUGGGAAGUCAUAUAUACAGGCGUCGGAUUCGGGAUAGGUGCAGGACUCCUUGUUGGGCUACUUAUGUUCUGGGAACAGGGGAGCCACUGGUGCGACAAGCACAUUGAGAACUUUGCUUGGAUGAUUCUUCCAACUCUGGGCUUCAUUUUCAGCUGUUGCAAUGACGGGAAGGUAGAGUCGGAGGGUAACAUUGAAAACCCCUUAGAUGAGACAGGAGACUCCGAUGAAGAUGAAGAUGCAACUGAAGAUAAAGCAUUUAUGGGGCAGUACUGCGUGUUUUGUUCCAAACUUGAUAUCUGUUGGGAGAAAGUGAUACACAACCCAAAAUGCAGGUGUCAUGAAUCACCACCCAUUUCGACUUCUUCAUCAUUCUCUUCCUCUUCUUCUUCAUAGUGACUGAUUACCUAAUUUUCAUAUUCCUGUGCUCUUUUUCCGUUUCUUUUUUCUUCUCAUUUUCUUAGUGUAUAUAGGUUACAUAUAGCAUCAAGCCAUCAUCAACCCUUGAGUAGGGGUGGUGGUGAAAACAAAUGUUCAGAUGUCUCAGCUUAUCGAGAGUGGUUGAUUGAAGGUUGGAUUAUGGUUGUUAAUAAGUUGCUUUGGUGUGUCA